AUGAGGGUCACAGAAAUCAUAAUAGACGGUUUCAAAUCCUACGCUGUGAGGACGGUGAUUUCAGGAUGGGACGAGAGUUUCAAUUCGAUCACCGGCCUCAAUGGAAGUGGCAAGUCCAACAUUCUCGACGCAAUAUGUUUCGUCUUGGGUAUCACCAAUAUGUCCACUGUGCGGGCGCAGAACCAGCAGGAUCUCAUCUACAAAAGAGGUCAAGCCGGUGUCACCAAGGCGAGCGUAACGAUAGUCUUCGAUAACCGCGACAAGAAGAAGUCUCCCAUCGGCUUCGAGGAGUAUGCCACCAUCAGCGUUACCAGGCAAGUUGUGCUCGGAGGCACUUCGAAAUACUUGAUCAACGGUCACCGCGCUCAGCAGCAGACUGUCCAAAAUCUGUUUCAGUCGGUCCAGCUCAACAUCAACAACCCGAACUUCCUCAUUAUGCAGGGCAGGAUCACAAAGGUUCUGAACAUGAAGGCGGUCGAAAUUCUUGCCAUGAUAGAAGAGGCAGCAGGUACGAGAAUGUUCGAGGAUCGCAGAGACAAGGCCCUGAAAACCAUGGCCAAGAAGGAGAUGAAGCUGCAGGAAAUCAAGGCACUGCUUAGUGAAGAGAUUGAACCCAAACUGGAGAAGCUGCGGACGGAAAAAAGAGCAUUUUUGGAUUUUCAGCAAACCCAGAACGACCUGGAGCGGUUAACAAGGGUAGUUGUUGCGCAUGAUUAUGUGAGGUGUUUGGAGAAGCUGCAGCAAUCAGCAGCGGAUCUCGAGGCCAAGAAGCAACGGCGCAAGGAUCUCGAAGACUCUGCGCUCAAGUUGAAGAGUGAAAUUGCACACCUGGAGGAGGACGUCACGAGAGUCAAGGCACAACGUGAUAAGGAGCUUCGAAAAGGCGCCAAAGCCCAUGCCCUUGAAGAAGAAGCCAAGCGACAUUCCAAUGAACUUGUCCGCCUCGCCACCGUCGUUGAUUUAAAGAAAUCAAGCAUGGCCGAGGAGGAGGAGCGGAGGGCCGCUGGCGAGAAGAGUGUCACGGAACUCGAGGCUGCCCUUGAGGAGAAGACCAAGGCCUAUGAGAAGGCCAAGGCCAAGUACGACCAUGCCAACGAGGAGCUGGAGAAGCAGAGGCGAGAUGCAGAAGCCAAGGAGGAGCUGCUGCAAACCCUGCAAACGGGCGUCGCAUCCAAGGAGGGACAGGAAAAUGGCUACCAGGGACAGCUUCAAGAUGCCCGCAAUCGAGCGACAACCGCCAUGACUGAGCAAGAGCAGGCCAAGAUCAAAAUCACUCAUCUUGAGAAGCGUAUCAAGGAAGAGGAGCCGCGCGCAAAGAAGGCCAAGACGCAGAACGCAGGGCUGCUUCGUGACCUUGACGGCUUGAAAUCACAAGCACAGAGACUCGAAAAAGAACUGGGAAAGCUUGGGUUCAGCCCCGGCGCCGAAGAGGAAAUGUACAAGAAGGAAUCUAGCCUGCAGCAAUCUAUUCGCGGACUUCGCCAAGAGAGCGAUGCUCUCAAGAGGAAAGUGGCAAAUAUUGACUUCAACUACUCAGACCCAGUCGCCAAUUUUGACCGCUCCAAGGUCAAGGGUUUGGUCGCACAGCUCUUCACUCUGGACAAGAACCAAACACGGGCUGGAACUGCCUUGGAGAUAUGUGCGGGUGGGAGGCUUUACAAUGUUGUUGUUGACAAUUCAGUCACCGGCACGCAACUACUUCAGAACGGCAAACUUCGCAAGCGGGUGACCAUCAUCCCACUCAACAAGAUCGCCGCCUUUAAGGCAUCCGCCGCUUCCAUUGCAACGGCGCAAAAGAUAGCUCCUGGCAAGGUCGACUUGGCCUUGUCGCUUGUCGGCUACGAUGAAGAAGUUUCGGCUGCGAUGGAGUACGUGUUCGGUAACACGUUGAUCUGCGCUGAUGCAGAGACGGCCAAGAGAGUCACCUUUGAUCCCAACGUACGCAUGCGCAGUAUCACCUUGGAUGGCGAUGCUUACGACCCAUCUGGAACACUCUCGGGCGGAAGCGCACCAAACUCCAGCGGCGUAUUGGUAACGCUUCAGAAGCUCAAUGAGAUCAACAAGAACAUCAAGGAAGCUGAAACUGCGCUCAGUGAGCUCCAGGCCAUGAUAUCCCGUGAGAAGUCCAAGCUGGACCAGGCUCGUAGUUUGAAGCAGGAGCUGGACCUCAAGACCCACGAGAUCAAGCUUACCGAGGAGCAAAUUGGAGGUAACUCAUCAUCGAGCAUCAUCCAGGAGGUUGAGAAUAUGAAGGAGCAGAUCGUCCAGCUGAAAGAAGGCGCUUCGGACGCGAAGAAGAGGCAGGCCGAGGCCAAUGCCGAUGUGAAGCGAAUCGAGAAAGACAUGAAAGACUUUGACAACAACAAAGACGCCAAGCUUGUUGAGCUGCAAGCGUCCUUGAAGCAACUGCAGUCAUCGCUAAGUGCCAACGCAGCCUCAGUCAAGACCCUACAGAAGGAGCUGCAAGGGGCACAGCUUGAUUCUGAACAGGCCGGGGGAGACCUGGCUGCCGCCAGAGAACAGUUGCAGGACAUUGAUAUGGCGAUCAGGGCCCAAAAGGAAGAAAUUGCCGAUCUGAAUAAUCAACAAGCCGCCCUGAAAGAGACGCACGAUGCAGCUCAAGCGAAGCUGGACGAGGAGCGUGCUAAACUGAGCAUCUAUGACGACGAACUGCACGCCCUUGAGGAGGCCAAGAGAUCGAAGAACAGCAGGAUUGCAGAGGAAGGCCUCGAGAUGCAGCAGCUGGGUCACCAGGUCGACAAGUUUCACAAGGAACAGCAAGCUGCAGGGCAGAUGGCCGCCAGCAUGGAGAAAGAGCACGACUGGAUCGUGGACGAGAAGGAAAGGUUCGGGCGAUCUGGCACUCCUUACGACUUCAAGGGUCAAAACAUCGGCGAGGCCAAGGCGACACUAAAGAACUUGACGGAGCGGUUCCAAGGCAUGAAGAAGAAGAUCAACCCCAAGGUCAUGAACAUGAUCGAUAGUGUUGAGAAGAAGGAGCUUUCGCUCAAACACAUGAUGAAAACGGUGAUCCGAGACAAGCGGAAAAUCGAGGAGACAAUCAUCAGCCUGGAUGACUACAAGAAGAAGCAGCUUCAGGAGACGUGGGAGAAGGUAAAUGCCGACUUUGGACAGAUCUUUGCGGAGCUUCUGCCGGGCAGCUUUGCCAAGCUGGAUCCCCCCGAGGGUAAGACGAUCAGCGACGGUCUCGAAGUCAAGGUAUCGCUCGGCAAGGUGUGGAAGCAAAGCCUCACAGAGCUCAGUGGUGGCCAAAGGUCUCUCAUUGCUUUAUCACUCAUCAUGGCGUUGCUGCAGUUCAAGCCUGCUCCCAUGUAUAUUCUGGACGAGGUCGACGCAGCUCUGGACCUUUCACACACGCAGAAUAUUGGUCGCCUCAUCAAGACGCGCUUCAAGGGCUCGCAGUUUAUUGUCGUCAGUCUCAAGGACGGCAUGUUCCAGAACGCAAACCGUAUCUUCAGAACCAGGUUCAGUGAAGGUACCAGUAUGGUUCAGGCACUUACCCCUGCUGAUAUGAGAUGA